UUGAUCACCGAGCACCUCACGGGCCGGAUCUUAAUUUUCAGGCACACACCGAACGCUUUUAAACAAUCAGUAUGGUUGGCUCAAGCUUCAUUCAUUUUUUCCAAACAAAUUUUACGUUAGGGUUCUUUUCGUUCCACAACACUUCUUUUGGUGCAUUCCGCAAUGGUGUUACGUGAGUGAAAAAGCGUGUUCCCUUUUCGUCUCGUAGCAUUUUUGAGAGCGUGAUUCGAAGUUGUUGUGAGUUUCACGGUUCGUUUCUGGAUAGAAGUGAUUUUCUCCAUCGAUUAAAAUGGCAGUUUUUCCGACCAAUUUCCUCUUUGGCUUCUUGCUACUUUGUAUUACGUUGUCACUCGUAUUCAUAUUUUCUUCUGCAUUGUUGGCCUGGAUUCUGAGCCGGGUUUUUGGUGCAUCUGUUGAAUUUUGCGUCGGUGGAUGCAACAGUUUAAGAGAUGUGGUGCUGAAGUUUAAAAAGGGUGCUAUUGAAUCUGUAUCUAUUGGUGAAAUUAAACUCAGCUUACGCCAUUCCUUGGUCGAACUUGGUGUGGGUUUUAGUUCUUGGGACCCAAAGUUGCAGGUAUUAAUAUGCAACUUAGAAGUUGUUACAAGGCCUUCAAGCAAAAGCUCUGAGAAGAAGAAAACUCGAAAAUCUAGUGCACGUGCUUCAGGUAAGGGAAAGUGGAGGACGAUAACCAAUAUUGCAAGAUAUUUGUCAGUUCGUGUGACCAAUUUGGUUUUGAAGACACCUAAAUCUAUGGUUGAGAUUGGGGAGUUGAAUGUGGAUAUAUCUCAAAAUGGUGCACCUGAGCCAGAUUUGUUUGUUAGGGUACAAAUAUUGCCCAUUGUUGUUCAGAUUGGUGACCCUCAAGUUAGUUCUGAUCAGUUAUCUAAUUUUAAUGGUGGAGGAUGCAGUGCUACUAGCCAGGCAUCUGUUGCUGCUACAGAAAAGCUUUCUGCUCCUUCAAUUUGUGAAAAGUUCUCCAUUUCAUGUGAAUUUGGCUAUGAUAGGGAAGUGGGUAUAAUUAUAAAGAAUGUGGACAUUUCCACUGGAGCUAUCACCGUGAAUUUGAAUGAGGGGUUGCUCGUGAAAAGAAAGAGUUCUUCAGAAUCUUCUUCUGGAUCUGAGAAAAAUAUAGGAUCAAGUGUUGAUUUGAUGGGCACAAAACAGCCUCCUAAGAAGCAGCAAACGCUUGCAGGCUAUAUUUCUAUGUUUCCUCAAAAGGUCAGCUUCAAUCUGUCAAAGCUUAAUGUGAGUUUCAUGCAUCGUGAACAUGGUCUCUCUGUUGAAAAUAACAUCAUUGGUAUCCAAUUUAAAAGCGUCAAAUCACGAUCUGCAAAGGAUGUUGGGGAGAGUACACGUCUUCAUUUUCAACUGGAGUUCAAUGAAAUUCAUCUUCUCAGAGAAGCUGCUGCUUCCAUCUUGGAGAUAUUGAGGCUGAAUUUAGUCUCUUUUGUGUAUGUCCCUUUACAGUCAACCAUGCCUGUCAGAGCUGAAACUGAAAUCAAGCUUGGAAAUUCACAAUGCAAUAUCAUAAUGAGCAGAUUAAAGCCUUGGUUGCUCCUGCAUUCAUCAAAGAAGAAAAAAAUGGUACUUCAGGAAGAAGCUUCUGUUGCAAAACCCAAAUCAACUAAUAGCAAGGCCAUUGUGUGGACAUGUAAUUUCUCAGCUCCUAAGAUGACAAUAAUGCUUUUCAAUAUGGCUGGUUCUCCAGUAUAUCAUGGUUGCUUACAAUCAUCACAUCUAUUGGCAAACAACGUUUCAAAUAUGGGGACUACAGUGCAUUUUGAACUUGGUGAAUUAUAUCUCAACUUGGUUAAUGAAAAUCAAGAAUGCUUGAAAGAAAGCAUUUUUGGUGUGGAUUUAAAAUCUGGCUACAUAUUGCACAUUACAAAGCUUAGCUUGGAUUGGGGCAAAAAGGCCAUGAAAUCCUCUGAAGAAGAUGUUCCUAGGUGUGUGCUAGGUUUAUCAGUUGAUGUCAGUGGCAUGGGAGUUUAUCUAACUUUUAAGCGUGUAGAAUCAUUCAUAUCAACAGCAAUUUCCUUUCAAGUUCUAUUGAAAAGCUUUUCUGCUUCAAAGAAAAAAAUAACACAGAGCCGGGGCCAGUCAUCAAAAAAUUCAGGGAAGGGAACUCAAAUGUUGACAUUCAAUCUUGAACAGUGUUCAGUAUAUGUACUGGGGGAGACUGGGUUAGAAAAUGCAGUUGUUCCAGAUCCCAAGCGAGUUAAUUAUGGUUCACAGGGUGGCAGAGUUAUAAUAAAUGUGUCAGCAGAUGGUACCCCACGCAAUGCAAACAUAGUGUCCACUGUUUCCAAUGACCGCCAGAAGAUAAAGUACUGUAUUUCUCUUGAAAUCUUUCAUUUUAAGUUGUGCAAGAACAAGGAGAAAAAAUCCACACAAAUAGAACUCGAAAAGGUCAGAUCUAUCUAUCAGGAAUUUAUGGAGGAAAAUAAGCCAGUAUCAAAAUUAGCAUUAUUUGACAUGCAAAAUGCUAAAUUUGUGCAACGCUUAGGUGGCCUUAAAGAGAAUGCUUCAUGUUCCCUUUUCAGUGCUACUGACAUUACCAUGAGGUGGGAGCCUGAUGUACAUCUAUCACUAGUUGAGCUGGUUCUCCAGCUGAAAUUAGUGAUACAUGAUACGAAGCUUCGGGAGCAUGGUAAUGAACAUGUGGAAGAUGUGUCUAAUGUAAGAGAUGGUAAUUCAAAAAACGAAGCUACUUUGGAAUCAGGGCAUCCUGAAAAGAGGAAAGAAUCUAUUUUUGCUGUUGAUGUAGAAAUGUUAAACAUAUCUGCAGAGCUAGGAGAUGGAGUUGAUGCUAUGGUUCAGGUGCAGUCAAUUUUCUCUGAGAAUGCUCGUAUAGGAGUGCUCCUUGAAGGACUUAUGUUUAAUUUUAAUGGAGCCAGAAUCAUCAAGAGUAGUCGGAUGCAAAUUUCACGAAUUCCUAGUAAAUCUGCUAGUGGAUCUAAUACAAAGGGGUCUGUAGCUACAACAUGGGAUUGGGUAAUUCAAGGUCUUGAUGUUCACAUUUGUAUGCCAUACAGAUUGGAAUUGCGUGCUAUUGAUGAUGCUCUUGAGGAUAUGUUGCGUGGUUUAAAGCUUAUCAUUGCUGCAAAGACCCAAAUGAUUUUUCCUGUGAAGAAAGAGAGUUCUAAAAUUAAAAAACCUAGUUCUGUAAAAUUUGGAUGCAUAAAGUUUUUCAUACGCAAAUUAACAGCUGAUAUUGAAGAGGAGCCAAUCCAGGGAUGGCUUGAUGAACACUACCAGUUGUUGAAGAAGGAAGCUGGUGAAUUAGCUGUUCGGUUAAACCUUUUAGAUGAAUUUAUAUCAAGGUCCAAGCAAGAUCCAUCUACUGAUGACAGCAAUAAUUCUUCUCAAGAAAAAAAAGUUUAUUUUAAUGAUGUUGAGGUUGAUGUAAAUAAUUCUUCAAUUAUUGAAUCAAUGAGAGAAGAAAUUUAUAAACAAUCGUUCCGAUCAUAUUACCAAGCAUGCCAAAACAUAGUGUUAGCUGAAGGAUCUGGUUCUUGUACAGAUGACUUUCAAGCUGGUUUCAAACCCAGUGCUUCAAGGUCUUCUCUUCUUUCAAUAUCUGCAUUAGACUUAGACGUGAGCUUAACAAAAAUUGAUGGUGGAGAUGAUGGAAUGAUUGAGGUUGUGAGGAAGCUUGACCCUGUCAGUCUUGAAUGUGAUAUACCAUUUUCCAGACUAUAUGGGUCAAACAUUCUCUUACGUACAGCUUCUCUUGUGGCCCAGAUUCGAAAUUACACAUUUCCUCUCUUUUCUGGAAGUUCUGGUAAAUGUCAAGGUCGCCUUGUGUUGGCUCAGCAGGCCACUAGCUUUCAACCUCAAACACUUCAAGAUGUCUAUGUUGGGCGUUGGAGAAAGGUAUGCAUGCUUCGAUCAGCUAGCGGUACUACUCCACCAAUGAAGACAUAUUCAGAUUUGCCAAUACAUUUUCAGAAAGGUGAAGUGUCAUUUGGGGUGGGUUAUGAACCAGUUUUUGCUGACAUUAGUUAUGCUUUCACUGUAGUGCUACGGAGGGCUAAUCUAAGUGUUAGAAAUCCUGGUCCACUUAUUUUGCCACCGAAAAAGGAGAAGAGUUUGCCAUGGUGGGAUGACAUGAGAAAUUAUAUUCAUGGAAGAAUCUCCUUAUUUUUUUCUGAAACAAGAUGGAAUAUUUUAGCAAGUGCAGAUCCUUAUGAAAAGCUUGAUAAACUUAUAGUUCUGACUAGCUCUACUGAAAUUCACCAGUCAGAUGGUCGCGUUCUUGUUUCUUUCCAAGAUUUCAAAGUUUUAUUGAGCAGUUUGGAGAGUUUGGCAAACAAACGUGGUUCCAAAAUUCCACCAGGUGUUUCUGGUACAUUUUUGGAAGUCCCCAUGUUAACACUUGAAGUUACAAUGGACUGGGAUUGUGACUCUGGCAACCCAUUGAAUCAUUAUUUAUUUGCACUUCCAGUUGAAGGAAAGCCUCGCGACAAAGUAUUUGAUCCCUUCAGAUCUACUGCUCUUUCCCUUCGAUGGAACCUGUCUCUUCGAUCCCUUCCUUUGUCAGAAAAACAAUGUCCAUCCUCUUUUGCAGGAGAUCGUAAAGAAAAAAAUGCUACUGUAUCUGACCCUCCUCACAAUUCUCAGAAUGUUUCCCCAACAAUAAAACUUGGUGCUCAUGAUCUAGCAUGGAUUACAAGAUUCUGGAACCUGAACUACCUUCCCCCACAUAAAUUGCGCACCUUCUCACGUUGGCCUCGUUUUGGCGUUCCAAGAAUCGUCAGAUCAGGCAAUCUUGCACUUGAUAAAGUGAUGACUGAAUUCAUGAUCCGUAUAGAUUCCACCCCUAUCUGUAUAAAGAACAUGCCUUUACAUGAUGAUGAUCCAGCCAAGGGACUGACCUUUGUGAUGACAAAGCUGAAGUUUGAAUUAUGUUUUGGUAGGGGCCAGCAAAAGUUUACUUUUGAUAGCAAACGUGACCUUCUUGAUCUUGUUUACCAAGGUAUUGACCUUCAUAUGCCCAAGGCUUUCCUAAGUAGAGAAGAUUGCUCUAGUGUUGCUCAAUUAAUUAGCAUGGCACAGAAAAGCCCACAAUCUGCAUCUGAAGAUAAAAUUUCCUCUGAAAAAGUUUAUAUGACACAGAGAAAUCAGGAUGAUGGAUUUUUGUUAUCCUGUGAUUACUUCACUAUAAGAAAACAGUCCCCAAAGGCUGAUCCUGCAACAUUAGUAGCCUGGCGUGAAGCAGGAAAAGCAAAUGCUGAGAAAACCUCUGUACAGUCUGAGUGUGAAAAUCAAAAUGAAACUGAAGAGCAUACACAUUCAGACCCAAGUGAUGAUGAUGGGUACGAUGUGGUAAUAGCUGACAAUUGUCAGCGUGUGUUUGUUUAUGGUCUUAAGCUUCUAUGGAAUAUUGAAAACAGAAAUGCUGUUUGUUUUUGGGCUGGUGGUCUUUCCAAAGCCGUCGAACCUGCCAAACCUUCUCCUUCUCGGCAGUAUGCUCAGAGAAAAUUAUACGAGGACAAAAAACAGCAUGAUGUAGCUGAAACCCACAAAGAUGAUGCAUGUAAAACCGAUCAAGAUGAAGGAGCUGAAACCCAUCAAGAUGAUGAAGCUGAAACCCAUCAAGAUGAUGAAGCUGAAACCCAUCAAGAUGAUGAAGCUGAAGCCCAUCAAGAUGAAAAAGAAGAUGAAAAAGCUGAAGCCCAUCAAGAUGAAGGAGCUGAGUCCAAUCAAGAAGAAGUUUCUAAAUGCCUAAACACCAGUAACAUAGAUUCUCCCUCUUCUCAGACAGGGAAUUCUGGAUUGCUUUCAUCUCCAUCACAUUCUGUUAAUGUGGACAACUUAUCAUCUGGUAAAACUGAGACUGCAAAUGACUCAAAGGAGGGAACACGACACUUCAUGGUUAAUAUUAUUGAACCACAGUUUAAUCUUCAUUCAGAGGAUGCAAAUGGUAGGUUUUUGCUUGCUGCUGUAAGUGGCCGCAUUUUAGCCCAAUCGUUUCAUUCAGUCCUCCAUGUUGGUUAUGAUAUGAUUGAGCAAGCACUUAGUACUGCAAAUGAACAUAGUAGUGAACGCCAACCUGAAGUUGCAUGGAAAAGAAUGGAGUUGUCUGUUAUGUUGGAGCAUGUGCAGGCCCAUGUUGCACCAACAGAUGUUGAUCUUGGGGCUGGAGUGCAGUGGCUACCAAAAAUUCUCAAAGGCUCUCCAAAAGUCAUGCGUACAGGUGCUCUUCUUGAGAGAGUUUUCAUGCCUUGUGAUAUGUACUUUCAGUUCACUAGGCACAAAGGAGGCACUCCAGAACUAAAGGUGAAACCCCUGAAGGAACUCACUUUCAAUUCUCAUAAUAUAACAGCAACAAUGACAUCACGCCAGUUUCAGGUCAUGCUGGAUGUGUUGUCCAAUCUGCUCUUGGCACGGCUGCCAAAGCCUCAAAAAAGUAGCCUGUUACUUUCUGUUGAAGAUGAUGAAGAGGUCCAAGACGAAGCGGAUGAAGUGGUACCUGAUGGUGUUGAAGAGGUGGAACUUGCAAAAAUCAACCUUGAAGAGAAAGAGAGGGCACAGAGGUUGCUUCUUAAUGAUAUAAGAAAACUGUCUCUUUGGUGUGACCCUUCUGGAGACCCAAAUCCAGAAAAGGAAGCAGACUUGUGGAUGAUAGAUGGUGGAAUAGCCAUGCUGGUUCAAGGUCUGAAGAAAGAACUUGUAAAUGCACAAAAGUCUAGGAAGGAAGCAUAUAAAUCCUUAAGAAUGGCUAUGCAAACAGCUGCACAGCAGCGGUUAAUGGAAAAGGAAAAAAACAAAAGUCCUUCCUGUGCUAUGCACGUAUCAUUGCAAAUUAACAAAGUUGUUUGGAGCAUGCUUCUUGAUGGUAAACACUUUGCUGAAGCUGAGAUCAAUGACAUGAUCUACGACUUCGACCGGGAUUAUAAGGAUGUGGGAGUUUAUCUGUUUACAACAAAAUAUUUUGUUUUCAAAAACUGCCUUCCUAAUGCCAAAUCUGAUACAAUUCUUUCAGCAUGGAAUCCUCCACGUGAUUGGGGAAAAAAAGUGAUGCUUCAAGUUGAUGCAAAGCAGGCAGCUCCAAAGGACGGAAGUUCUCCCUUUGAACUUUUCCAGGUAGAGAUUUAUCCCCUCAAGAUCCAUUUGACAGAGACAAUGUACAGAAUGAUGUGGGGGUAUUUCUUCCAAGAAGAAGAACGAGAUUCACAGCGCCGACAGGAGGUUUGGAAGGUUUCAACCACAGCUGGCGCAAGGCGUGUUAAGAAAGGUUCAUCAGUCCCUGAAGCUUCAACAAAAGAGUCUGAGGCCUCAUCCAGAUCUGCCAUCACUGCAAUGCUAUUUCCUACAACCAGUCAGCCUUCUGCCCAAGUUGAUUCAGCCCAAGCAUCCAGAGCAAAAAUUGUCAAAGGUAACCCUGGUACUGGUCCAAACCCUGAGUUGAGAAGGACAUCUUCUUCUGAUAAAACAUGUGAAGAGACUGUGGCAGAAUCUGUAGCAGAUGAAUCACAAAACUUUUCUUCAUACAAAAAGGGGGCAUUUGGUUCUAGUGAGCAACAAGAUGAAGCAUCCAAGAAUAAACCAAAAGAUUCAAAAGGAGUCAAAGCUGGUCGUUCAACUCUCGAAGAAAAGAAAGUAGCUUUGCCACCCGAAGAGAAGAGAUCUAGGCCACAAAAGAUAAUGGAAUUUCACGACAUCAAAAUUAGUCAGGUGGAAUUGUGUGUAACAUACGAAGGGCAAAGAUUUGUUGUGAAUGAUUUGAAAUUGUUGAUGGAUCAAUUUCACCGAGUUGAGUUUACUGGGACUUGGCGAAGACUCUUCUCACGAGUUAAGAAGCACAUCAUUUGGGGAGUCCUAAAGUCUGUGACCGGAAUGCAGGGUAAGAAAUUUAAAGACAAAGGUCAGAUUCUGCCCCCUGGAGCUGGUGUUCCAGAAAUGGACCUUAAUUUUAGUGACAAUGAAGGCCAGGCAGGAAAAUCUGAUAAGUAUCCACCAUCUUGGCCUAAGCGUCCAAAUGAUGGAGCAGGUGAUGGAUUUGUGACAUCCAUUAAAGGACUAUUUAAUACUCAACGCCGCAAGGCAAAGGCAUUUGUGCGCAAGACAAAAAAAGGAGAAGCAGAAAAUGAAAAUCAAGGAGAUUGGAGUGAAAAUGACUCAGAGAUCUCUCCUUUUGCUAGGCAGCUCACAGUCAUAAAAGCUAAAAAGCUUGGUAAGCGGCGCACUGCAAAGUUGCAAGCUAAAGGACAAGAAGGUUCGCCCUCACAACAAACAGAAGCACUACCAUCAUCUCCAAAAGAGACAAUUACAUUUGACAGUGAUUCUUCAAGUGGAUCCUCAACCUAUGAAAUUGUUCAAGAAUAGUUUAUCCAAAGGAAUUCUACUUUUCAUCUGACUACGUUUUAUCCGGUUCUUUAACUAAAAGGAUGCAAGAUCUUGACGGCUGAUCUUUCUAAUCAGCAGGUACGUCAGAUAUACACCUAAGCAGAAGACAACUUAGAAGUUAGGGACAUCAAAAUUGGAAAGAGAAUUUUGGACUCAACAUUUGGAUAAUGCGUGAUUGAUGCUAAUUUCUAUU